CAUUUGUAUUGUAGGAUCUGUCACUUGCCCGAGGUUUUCAAGACGUCAGCGGCAUAAAAAGUUAAACAAAGUGAAAAAUAAUUGGAUAUUCGCAGUGAAUUCUAUAGAUUUAAGAUUUAGUAAUUUUUGCACAAACUCAGAUCGCCAAGAUGUCAGAAAAGAAUAUGAAAAUCGGCCAAAGGGUGGAGGUCGCCGGAAAAGGCGUCCGAGGUAAAAUCGCAUACAUUGGGAUGACUACAUUCUCAGUUGGCAAGUGGGUGGGAGUGAUUCUCGACGAGCCCAAAGGAAAGAACAAUGGAUCCAUCAAGGGAACAGCAUACUUUACGUGCCCCGAUAACUACGGAAUAUUUGUUCGACCAGCCCAGCUCGUUCUUCUUGAUGAUUCCGGUAAUCCGAUCCCCGAGCCCGCGGAGGAGGCUAAGCCAAGGACUAGUCGCUUGAGCAGGAAUAUUCGGAAGAUACAAAUAAAUAGGCCAAAACCAAGUGCGGAAUCAGUGCGUUCUUUACCGGGUGUCACGAAACCAACAACUGUAAGGCGUAAAUCACCGGUUAAACAAGUGAGAAAACCAUCAGCUACCACCAUGUCAUCGUCUGCUUCCAGCUCACGACUUUCCCUGACUGGAAGUCGACAGAGUCUGUUAGGAUCGAAAAGUCAACUGGUUUCGCCAGCUACCGAACGAGCACCUGGUCAUGGUGGUGCAUCCGAGAAGAGAACAAAUAUGAGCCCACCAGAUUCAAUGCCUCCUUCUAAGCGAGCUUCCUUCAUUGAGACUGGCUUCCUAGAAACGCUCAACCCUCAAUUCACGCCGGGUCAAUCGCUAACCACACCAUCUCAAGGAAUGGGAACUGAAGAUAAAAUCAGCGCCUUGCAACAACAACAAGAAAUCGAUGAUCUCAAAAAUCAAGUUCGGGAUCUUACUGAGAAACUGGAAACCCUCAAACAACGUCGAGCCGAAGACAAAGAACGUCUUCGAGAAUUCGACAAAAUGAAAACUCAAUUUGAGCAGCUCCAAGAAUUCAAAAGUAAAAUCAUGGAAGCCCAGUCCCAAUUACAACGCGAAUUACAACGUGCACGUCAGGAAACUAAGGAUGCAAUCGAAGCAAGGGACCGUCAUGCUGAAGAGAUGUCUGAGUUGUCAGAAAAUGUUGAACUGAUUACCCUCGACAAAGAAAUGGCUGAAGAGAAAGCUGAUACGUUGCAAUUGGAGCUGGAAAGUGCUAAGGAACGAAUAGAGGAGCUGACGCUAGAUUUGGAAAUUCUGCGUACUGAAAUGCAGAAUAAAACUGUUGGUGGUGGCGGUGGAGGAGAUGGUACAGCCCCAGGGGUAAUUGAAGGUCCUUCAGUUUAUGAAUUUAAACAGAUGGAGCAGCAGAAUACUCGCCUUCGAGAGACUUUAGUUCGGCUUAGAGACUUGAGCGCACAUGAGAAGCAUGAAAUUCAGAAACUUACAAAGGAAGUGGAAACUAAGAAAUCAGAGGUGAUGGAAUUGCAGAGAACAAAGGAGAAAUUGUCAACAAAGGUUGACGAGCUCGAGGCCCAAGUAGUUGAUCUCCAGGAACAAGUUGACGCCGCUCUCGGUGCUGAAGAGAUGGUCGAACAACUCGCUGAAAAAAAAUUAGAGCUCGAAGAUAAAGUUAAACUUCUUGAGGAAGAAGUUGCCGAACUUGAAGCUCUCGAAGAUGUUCACGAGCAACUAAUCGAAAGCAAUCAUGAGCUAGAAAUGGACUUACGCGAAGAAUUGGACAUGGCGCAGGCAGCCAAACGUGAAAUGAUCCGCGAGAAAGAGGCCGCACUGGAAACUAUUGUUGAUCGUGAUCAAACUAUUCUGAAAUUCCGUGAACUAGUUCAGAAAUUAAAUGAACAAUUAAUUGAGUUGCGCGAAAAAGUCAACCAAAAGGAUGAGUUGAGCAAACCAGCAAAGGAUACGAUUGCAGACACGAUUGAUUUCAAGCAAAUGUUUGCCGAAUCGAAGGCGUAUACCCGAGCAAUUGAUUUGCAAUUGCGUCAAAUUGAUUUGAAUGAAGUUAAUGAGCAUGUUCGCAUGCUCACAGCUUACAUGCCUGAUACUUUCAUGCAAAGAGGCGGCGAUCACGAUGCGGUCCUUGUUAUCCUACUGAUUUCACGCAUUGUAUUCAAGGCGGGUAUCAUUGUUAACCAGGCUCGUGAACGGUUCCCGGCUGUAACGUCUAUUGAUCGAAAUGCAGUUCAACAAGGACAUUCAGUGCAGCAGUUUGAAUUCAAAUCGCGUCUUCUGCAUCAUAUUCAUAACCUUCAAUCUGUCAUGCACCAAUUUUUGUAUGGGCUGAAUACUUGCAAGCCAGAUAUGUUGCUUAAAGCUGGAAGUUCGUUACCGGAAAUGGUAGCGCAGGAGAAGACUGUUGAUGCUGUGAUAGAGUUGCUGAAGGCGAACCAGUUGGACGAGAAUUCGUCAACGGAUAAUUUGGAGAAAUGUGUUGCCUUCUUUAACGCGAUGCAUUCAGUUGUGUUUACCGGCGAGGAUCUGCUAAACGAAACGCAAAUGAUCAGGGACAAUACAGCAUGCAUGACUACAGCAUGUGAUGCAAUUACUACGAAUGCUUCGGCUAUUCAAGCACUAAUAAAGGGUGGCGAUGAAACUAGUGAUUCGGGACUUUUGAUGCAAUACAUUGUACAGAAUACAGAAAGUAUUAGGCAACAUUUGAAAAUGAUUAAGAGACGAUUGCCACAGGACGCUCAUGUCAUCAAAUGUGGUCUGUCGAUGAAAACUCUACAAAAUUUGAAACAAACGGCAGAGCAACUGGGGAAGGCAAUGCAAGUAUUACAUUUAACGGCUAAGCAGAUUGUUCAUACAACGACCGCUGAUGCUGAAACUGAAGCCUCCAUCGGUCACACCCAACUCUGGGAAAUUCUCUCUAACGUUUGUGAACGCGUCUAUGAACAAGACGAUCGCGGUCCAUCUCAAAAUCUCCGUACAGUUCUCACCAACGCCAAUACUGACAUGGCACAGUUGGCACAAUAUCUCAUCGAUCACGAAUAUGAAAUAAUGUCAGCUGCUUCAGCAGCUCAAGAAAAACCAGUUGCUCCAAUUGUACUGCGAGCUCAAUUCAUCAAAAAACAACUCGAAGAAACCAAAACUCUCACGGCAACUCUAGAAAAUCGCGAAGCUGAAAUCCGUCAACUGAAGAUGGCAGCUAAGAUGAAACAGAAUGAACUGUCUGAAAUGCAAAUUCGUAAGGAUCUGGCAGAGAAGAAAUUGUCUGUUUUGCAACACGAUCAUGAGUUGAAUGCCGAGAAACUGCAGAGGAAAUAUGAGGAAACUCUCGCGUUGCUUAAGAAGAAAGAAAAGGAAUAUGAGGAGACAAUGGACCAUUUGCAGAAUGAUAUCGAUUCCUUGGAGAACGAACGCGGCGCUUUGAGGGAGAAGCUGAAGACAAUUGGAAGCAAGAAGGGCGAUUUGAAGAAUUCAACCGCGUUUGACAUCACAGCUGGAUCUCCAUAUAUCGCACAGGAACUUAAUCUUCUCAAGAAAGCCUUCAACGAUGAACGGGCGGAACGACUACGCUUGCAAGCGAGCGAAAUGCAAAAGACUCUCGCUAAACUGGAACCAAUCUAUGUGCCUCAACCUAAAGACAAUCGCAUCACCGAACUAGAGGAGGAACUGGCUAAACUCAAAUAUGAUUGGGUUAUGUCAAUGGCCCGCGGUUCCAGCUUCCCGACACCAAAAUCUCCACAAGGUAACACAAUAAAACUAAUUCAAGAACACCAGAAUAAACAACGAAUGCUACGUGAAGAAAUCAAGAUUAAGGCAAAUCAACUCGCCGCUGAGGUCCUUAACGAAUAUCUAGAACGAAAGCCACAUCGAGCAACUCAAGGUGAUUUCAUGAAAUUCCCAAAUGUUGAACUUACACGGGCUCUCAGAGCUAUGCAGUAAUUAUUUUUCUCGUUAUUAUGCUAAACGAUAAUUGAUUUCAUCUUUUUGUUUGGUUCUCUUGAAGAGAUUUUUCACUAUUUAUUAUAUUUUAACAUUUUUAUACUCAUUUGUAGGAGAGAUAAAUUUUCUAUUCCAAAACAAAAUGUACUUUAAAGACAAGGAGAAAAGAUAAAUACUAUGACUUCAAUCUCGUGAUAUAAUGUAUAUGUAUUUAAAGAAAGUAAUUGAAUUUAUAGUAAUUUAUGGAAUUAAACCCAAAUAAAGUUAUAAUAAUAAACAGA